CCAUUUAAUUUAUUGUCAUUGUGACGAUUCCCUUAUCUCGAUCUUCUAAAUAAUCAAAUAUUUGUUAUUUAUGUUAAAGGCUUCAGAAUCUUAUAGUCGAACCUUUUCCCAGGUCCUAGAAAAUCUCCGACGCAAUACUUUGCUUGCGGCCAACUCAAUUUCACACAGUUCAAGCCGACAGGGUGACUUAAAAAACGAAGAUGAAGAGAUAAAUGGUGAAGAAAAUGUGGAGCCGAGAAUACUGACAUACGAGAAGGGGCAUCCAUUCUAUCUAGUGAACUCAGAGGACUUAAUCCCGAAAUUUUGGUACUUGGAGAAUUUCCAAGCAGACGACUAUUGCUUCUUCAAACCAGAUAUUCUGGAAACGAAGCUGGUAAAGAAGGGGUGGAGCAGCGAAGCUAUUCAACUAUGCAUUAUCCUAAUCCACAACACAAUUAGUUUUUGCGUUGACAAGAAAUUUGGUAAUCGGAUGGGCGUGGCUGCUAUGGAGAUCAUCUAUCAAGCAUUUGACUUUUUAAUGUGGAAUAUGUACGCCAAGCUGGCCGAUUUGCAUAAAUUUUUUCGCGAAGUUAUUUUGUUAUACGCGGUGGAUGAUCUGCCAACGAGUAUGGCGAUUUACACUCCCAUAGAGUGUUUUGUUAUGGCUCAAUACUUCGCAAUGCAAUUCGAUUCCAUAUUUUUAUUGCUAAAGGCCGUUGCCAUUCCUAGUUUUAUGGUGAAAAUUCCUGUUGAGGAGCUUUAGACGAUACUGGAAAUAAAU